AUGCCACCCCCUUCCACAACCUCAACACCAACACCACCAUCCUCAUCAUACCUCUCGCACAUCUCACGCCCACCCCCCGGCGCAGUCCUGCUCCUCUACCCAGCGACUCUCGUCCUCGGCUCUCUCUUCUCUGUCCUUUCUCCGACCGCACACCAACCCGCCGACCCCGCGACCGCCCAAUCCAAACCAAUAAACUACUUCGCCCGCAAAAACAACAUCUUCAACAUCUACUUCGUCAAAAUCGGCUGGAUCUGGUUCACGCUCGCCUUCGCCUCGCUCCUCGCCGCAUACCCUCCCUCUGCCGCGCGCGGGAAGCGCCAAGCCCAGGCACUGCUGCGCUACGCGCUCGCAACGGCCGUCUGGUACGCGACGACGCAGUGGUUCUUUGGACCGGCCAUCAUCGAUCGCAGCUUUGUGGUUACCGGUGGGAAAUGCGAGACCGUGCUUGCGGGGCUGCGUGAGAGGAGGGAUGAGAAGGGGGUUCUUGGUGCGACUGCGGACGAGCCGCUUGGGGUUUAUUUGACGGCUGCUGCUUGUAAGGCUGCUGGUGGGUCUUGGAGGGGUGGACAUGAUGUUAGUGGGCAUGUGUUUAUGCUUGUGCUUGUUACCGCGGUGUUGGGGUUUGAAGCCGUGGGGGUGUUGGCGCAGGCGCAGCAGGCACAAGGUGAAGGCGAAGGUCAGAAUACGGACAAGAUUGAAGGUGACGGCUCUGAGACUGGGAGUGGGAAUGGUGUGAGGACUUGGAUACUGCGGUUUGUGGGUGCGAUUGUUGGCCUGGGGUAUUGGAUGCUGCUGAUGACCGCUAUUUGGUUUCAUACGUGGUUGGAGAAGGCGAAUGGUCUGCUUAUUUCCCUUGCUGCGGUAUACACCAUCUACAUCCUUCCGCGACGGGUCAUUCCGUGGAGGAACGUGGUUGGCCUGCCAGGCGCAUAG